CUGGUGGGCGUGUCCUGGUGCGUUCAUAUAAAAGUCGGAGUUUUUUUUUUCCUCUCAGUCUCACAAACGGACAUGUCCGCGACGCUGCUCCUCCUGCUCCUCCUGCUCAGCCUCCUGACGCUGUUGAUCGGCUUCUUCCGCCGGAGGACGAGGCAGCCGGGGGAGCCUCCUUUGAUUGACGGCUGGAUUCCAUAUGUUGGGAAAGCGCUGGCGUACGGACGAGAUGCUCAGAAGUUUCUGGAAGAACAGCGGGCGAUUCACGGCGACGUGUUCACGGUCCAACUGUUCGGUCGGUACAUGACCUUCGUCAUGAACCCUCUGCUCUACCCGUACGUCAUGAAGCACGGACCACAGCUGGACUUCCAUCCCAUCUCAGACAGGAUCUCCUCGUACGCCUUCGGGUUUCCGCCGCUCACCAACAACCCCAACCGUGGCCUGAAGGAGCAGGUCAUGCGUGGCCAUCAGUUCUUAAAGGGGGCGAAUGUGGAGGCCAUGUUGGGGUCCUUCAGGGACAACCUGAUGCUCGUUCUCCGUCAAGACCAUGUGGGAGAGCAGGCCACCCCCCCCGGACCCGGGGGCUGGUGGAGCACCACUGUGGAGGAGUUCUGCUCCUCUGCCGUCUUCACCGCCGUCAUCCUCACCAUAUUUGGUAAACCCCCCGACGACGACGACGGCCGCCGCCGCCGCUCAGACCUGCAGGUGUGGAGGAAAAAACUCUACGACUUUGACAGGAUGUUCCCGUUCCUGGCGGCGCAGUGCCCCGUGUGGCUGCUGGGCAGAACCUCCUGGAACCGCAGGACUCUUCAGGAGUACUUCCUGCCACAGAAGAUGAAGAGCUGGUCCAACAGCGCGCUGUUCACCCAGAACCGACUGAAGAUCUUUGAUCAGUACGACGACAUGCAGGACAUCCACAAAGCAGCUCAUCAUUUUGCCAUCCUCUGGGCGUCCACGAUCAACACGGUGCCGUCGGCCUUCUGGUGUUUGAACGGCGCUCUGACGUCAUCGGAGGCGACGGCCAAACUCCGGGCGGAGCUGAAGGACAACUGUGGACUCGGUGACACGGAGCUCAGCACAGACGUGAGGCUCACCAGGGAGGACCUGGACAAACUUGUCUACCUGGACAGUCUUGUUAAUGAAGGUCUCCGGGUGUCGGCGGCGUCCAUUCCCCCACGUCUGGUCCUGGAGGACACAACCAUCCAGUUAGGCAGUGCAGGGUCGGUCCACGUCAGGAAAGGAGACAUCGUUGGUUUGUUUCCUCUCUCCACGCACAUGGACCCCGAGAUUUACGACGACCCCGAGACGUUCAAAUUUGAUCGAUUUGUUCAGGAUGGCCAAAAAAAGACCGACUUCUACAAAAACGGUCAGAGGUUGAAGCACUACCUCCUGCCUUUUGGCUACGGCGCCUCCAGGUGUCCUGGACAAGGCUUCGCCCUCUACUCCAUCAAACUGUUCAUCUCCGUGGUGCUGCUCAACUUCGAGGUCCAGGUGGACGAGGGUCAGACCAGACCCUGUCCUAAUCGGAUGAGAGGGGGACUGGGUACUCUGCCCCCUAUUGGAGACACUCGGUUCCGGUACAGACUGUGGGUUCCUGGGGCCUGAGGUUCUGCUCUGUCUUCACACACACACACACACACACGUCUUCAGGAGUUUAUUCAUUAAAAAAAAAAAAAUUAAAAAUGAUAAACGUAGUUCUACUU